CAGUACAUCUUUUCCAUGUUCAUAUGUUUGCUUUUGCAGUAUGGAUUUAUUAACACGUGCCUGAAGUCUUUGGUGGUUGAAAAGUAUGGUGAAGAAACAUGGGAAAAAUUAAGGCUGCAGGCUGGAGUCCAGGAUUCUUUCCUGACUUUUGAGGUUUACAAAGAUGAGAUCACAAUGCAGCUUGUUGACAAAGCCUGCAAAGUAUUAGGUGUUCCUGCUGACCUUGUUCUGAGGGAGUUUGGAAAGUAUUUCUUUGAAUUCUGUAAGCGCUCAGGCUAUGACCACAUGCUGAGGACACUGGGUGGAAAUCUCUACGAGUUCAUAGAGAACCUGGAUGCAUUGCACAGCUACCUGUCCCUUUCUUACCAGGAGAUGAAUGCACCAUCUUUUAGAGUAGAAAAGAAUGAAGAUGGGUCAAUGCACUUACAUUACUAUUCAGACAGAAGAGGUCUGUGCCAUAUUGUGCCAGGAAUCAUCGGUGCAGCAGCCCUGGAUUUUUUUAACAUUGAGAUUUCAAUGAAAAUAGUCAAUCAAACAGAAGAAGAAGAAAGAACCGGGAAAAAAGAACAUAUUGUAUUUCUUGUCACUCAAAACCCUCUAUUUCCAUCCAAGGGAAGAAAGGAAUUUUCUUCCUCAUCUCAGUGUCCUGUUGACUCUGAAAAACAAAUUGAGAACCAACUGAAUGAAGAGGACCUUGAAAAGGCCAAGAAUGCAAAUGGAGACACAGGAAACUCUGUUUGUCCUGUUAAGAAAAGUCACUGGAAAACAUUGAGAGGAAUAAUCACAUUAGGAAAAGGUAAGCUCCUGAGAGGAUUUGAUCCUGUUUAUCCCAAGAGCCUCUGGAUUGACACAAAAACAUUUUGCAAUGGACUUCCUUUUCAUAUGGUUUUUGACAAAGAGCUCAAAGUGAAGCAAGCUGGGGUGAGCAUUCAAAAGAUUGUUCCUGGCAUUCAGACCAUGGGCAUCUCCUUGGAUCAGUACUUCAGGAUCGUUCAUCCAGAAGUUCCCUUCACCAUCUCCAGCAUUCAGAAGUUCAUCAACAGCCAAUUUGUUUUCCAGACUAGAAGGGAGAUGAUGCCUGAGUCGUGGAGAGAGCGGCCAAUGCUAGAGCUGAGAGGGCAGAUGAUGUGGAUGGAGUCCCUGCAGUGCAUGCUGUACCUGUGCUCGCCCCUGCUCCGCACCCUGCACGAGCUGGAGGAGCGGCAGAUGCACCUGGCCGACAUCGCGCCCCACGACGCCACCCGGGACCUGAUCCUGCUCAACCAGCAGCGCCUGGCCGAGAUGGAGCUCUCCAACCAGCUGGAGAGGAAGAAGGAGGAGCUGCGCGUCCUGUCCAAGCACCUGGAGGAGGAGAAGAAGAAGACUGAAGCUCUGCUCUACGCCAUGCUUCCCCAGCACGUGGCCAACCAGCUGAAAGAGGGCAAGAGAGUUGAGGCAGGAGAGUUCAAGGAGUGCACUAUACUCUUCAGUGAUGUGGUGACCUUUACCAACAUCUGUGCCCAGUGUGAGCCUAUUCAGAUAGUUCUCAUGUUAAAUUCAAUGUACCUGAGAUUUGACAGGCUGACCACAGUGCACGAUGUGUACAAGGUGGAGACCAUUGGAGAUGCCUACAUGGUGGUGGGUGGGGUCCCCGUGCCUGUGCCCACUCACGCUGAGCGAGUUGCUAAUUUUGCCCUGGGCAUGAUAAUGGCAGCCAAAGGAGUACAGAACCCAGUUUCUGGAAAUCCUAUCCAAAUUCGAGUUGGGAUCCAUACAGGUCCUGUCCUGGCGGGGGUGGUUGGAGAGAAGAUGCCUCGUUACUGCUUGUUUGGGGACACGGUGAACAUCGCCUCCCGCAUGGAGAGCCACGGCGUCCCCAGCAAAAUCCACCUCAGCUCCAGUGCCUACCAGUGCCUAAAAUACAAGAAUUUUGAGAUUACUGAAAGAGGAGAAAUAGAAGUAAAAGGCAAAGGGAAAAUGCACACAUACUUCCUCAUUAGAAACAAAUCUGCAACUGAGAAUGAGAUUAUGGGAAGGCCAAUGAAAGAUUUAGAUUCUGGCCAUGAAUCUGUUCAGUCCAUUCCAGAAGGCAAGACUGAAACUAUGCCAAGUUCUCAUCAGCCAGCUACUCAGACUCAGCAAAAGAAGGACCAGACCCCAGCUGUUGCAAUGAAGUAUGUUGAUGGCCCCACAGAUGCACAAAACAGCCUCAAAAGAAGAAACCAGAUGAAAGUUGGAGAUUUAACAGGCAAAACUUGUGAUUCCAAAAGCGAUGGGAGUCUCCAUGGCAACCAGCAUGCAGAUGAUGGUCCUCGUCCUCCAAACCAGGCAAGAGUCAAACCUGCUGCUGAAGAGCCACAGAAUAGAAAUGUUCGCUCUAAUUUUUGCACUUUACUCUAAGUUUCUUACUUUUACAUGAAACAGAGGAAUUUUAUUAUGAUUUUGUGCAUUUUGCUCUUAGGGAACUGAUUUUGUAUAUAAGU